AUGACUCGAAGCAGUAUUUUCAAAGAAUUGGCGGAUAUCGCCAAAGAGCGAAUCAUGAUCAUUGACGGUGCCAUGGGAACGAUGAUUCAGAGAGAAUAUAUGGAAGAAAAUGAUUUCCGUGGAGAGAUUCUGAAAGAUCAUGACAAACCCUUGAAAGGAAACAAUGAUCUCCUUUCCAUAACUCGCCCUGACAUCAUUUACAAAAUCCAUAAGCUGUAUUUGGAAGCAGGCGCUGAUUUUGUCGAGACAAACACCUUCUCCGGAACUACUAUUGCGCAAGCAGAUUAUCGUUGCGAACAUCUUGUUCAUGAAAUCAAUUAUCAAUCAGCUCUCGUUGCUAGGAAAGCAUGUGAUGAUGUUGGAGCAGCUACAGGUAGACGUCGUUAUGUAUGUGGAGCAAUCGGUCCAACGAACAGAACCCUCUCAAUUUCCCCAUCAGUAGAGAAACCAGAUUUCCGUAACGUUACCUUCCAAGAACUUGUGAAAGCCUACGGAGAUCAAGCGAGAUCUCUGAUCCAAGGAGGCGUAGAUGUUCUUCUUGUUGAAACUGUUUUCGAUUCAGCCAACGCGAAAGCUGCUCUUUUUGCUAUUCGAACUCUUUUCGAAGAUGAAGGUGUUCCAGAAAUUCCAGUUUUCCUAUCUGGAACAAUUGUUGAUAUGUCUGGACGUACUCUGUCUGGUCAAACUGGAGAAGCAUUCCUUGUCUCAACUAAACAAGGAAGUCCAAUGGCAGUUGGAUUGAACUGUGCACUUGGAGCAAAAGAUAUGAGACAAUUUGUGGCGAACAUGUCAAAGUGGUCCGAUACUCUUAUUCUUUGUUAUCCAAAUGCUGGUCUCCCGAAUGCUCUCGGAGGUUACGAUGAAACUCCCCAAGAGAUGGCGGAUGUACUCCGUGAAUUUGCUCGAGACGGACUUGUGAACAUUAUCGGAGGGUGCUGUGGAACAACACCUGAUCACAUCAAUGCAAUGUAUAAAGCAGUUCAAGGAAUCAGUCCACGUAUUCCUCCAUCAGAUCCCCACGCUGGAAAAAUGUUGUUAUCUGGACUAGAGCCAUCGAUUGUUGGACCAGAAACUAAUUUCGUCAAUAUUGGAGAACGAUGUAAUGUUGCGGGAUCUCGCCGUUUCUGUAACUUGAUCAAGAAUGAGAAUUACGAUACUGCAAUUGAUGUAGCACGCGUACAAGUAGACAGCGGAGCCCAAAUUCUUGAUGUCAAUAUGGAUGACGGACUUCUUGAUGGACCAUAUGCUAUGGCAAAGUUCCUUCGGCUUAUAUCAUCAGAACCUGAUGUUGCCAAAAUUCCAGUUUGCAUCGACUCUUCUGAUUUCGAUGUUAUCAUCGCUGGUCUUGAAUCUACACAAGGAAAAUGUGUUGUAAAUUCAAUCUCAUUGAAAGAAGGAGAAGAAAAGUUCAAAGAGCGUGCCAGAAUUGUGAAAAGGUACGGAGCAGCUGUUGUUGUUAUGGCGUUCGAUGAAGAGGGACAAGCUGCAGAGACUGAGAGAAAGUUCGAAAUCUGCGAAAGAUCGUACAGAAUUCUGACCGAAGAAGUUGGAUUCAACCCGAAUGAUAUCAUUUUCGAUGCAAACAUUCUCACAAUUGCUACAGGAAUGGAAGAACACUCGAACUAUGGAAUGUAUUUCAUUGAAGCAACUCGAAUGAUCCGAGAGAAUCUCCCAGGUGCUCAUGUUUCUGGAGGAGUUUCGAAUAUUUCGUUCUCAUUCCGUGGAAUGGAAGCAAUCCGUGAGGCAAUGCACUCCGUUUUCCUCUUCUAUGCAAUCAAAGCUGGAAUGGAUAUGGGAAUUGUAAACGCUGGAGCUCUUCCAGUAUACGAAGACAUUGAUAAACCAUUACUUCAACUUCUUGAAGACUUAUUGUUCAAUCGGGACCCAGAAGCGACUGAAAAACUUCUUGUUGCUGCUCAGGAAAUGAAGAAAGAUGGAAAAAAGAGUGACACAAAAACAGACGAAUGGAGAACUACUACUGUAGAAGAACGUUUGAAGUUUGCUCUUGUCAAAGGAAUCGAUCAAUUCGUGGUUGCUGAUACUGAAGAAGCCCGACAGAAUACUGAGAAAUAUCCGAGACCACUGAAUGUCAUUGAACGACCAUUAAUGGAUGGUAUGGCAGUUGUCGGAGAACUAUUCGGAGCCGGUAAAAUGUUCCUUCCUCAAGUCAUCAAGUCUGCUAGAGUGAUGAAAAAAGCUGUUGCUCAUCUUCUCCCAUUUAUGGAUGCUGAAAGACAAGCCAAUAUUGAAAAGCUGGGUUUAACCGAAGAAGAAAGCCCAUAUCAAGGUACUGUUGUAAUUGCUACAGUAAAAGGAGAUGUGCAUGAUAUCGGAAAGAAUAUUGUGGCUGUUGUGUUAGGAUGUAAUAAUUUCAAAGUUGUUGAUCUUGGUGUUAUGACUCCGUGCGAAAACAUUAUCAAAGCUGCAAUUGAAGAAAAAGCAGAUUUCAUUGGACUUUCCGGACUCAUCACACCAUCUCUUGACGAAAUGGUUCAUGUUGCGAAAGAAAUGAGUAGAGUUGGAUUGAAGAUUCCGCUUCUUAUCGGAGGAGCAACAACUUCAAAAACCCACACUGCUGUCAAAAUCGCUCCAAGAUAUCCGCAUCCAGUUGUUCAUUGUUUGGAUGCUUCGAAAUCAGUUGUUGUCUGUUCUUCCUUAUCUGAUAUGACUGUUCGUGAUGCUUUCUUGCAAGAUUUGAAUGAGGAUUAUGAGGAUGUUCGUCAAGAACACUACGAAUCGCUGAAGGAUAGACGUUUCACCGCCCUCGGAAAGACUCGAGAAAAAAAAUUCAAUAUUGACUGGAACAAGUUCACCGCCGUCAAACCGUCAUUCGUCGGUCGCCGUGAAUAUCAGAAUUUCGAUCUCAACGAACUGAUCCCAUACAUUGAUUGGAAACCGUUCUUCGAUGUUUGGCAAUUGAGAGGGAAAUAUCCAAAUCGCAGUUAUCCGAAAAUCUUCCAUGAUGCUGAUGUUGGAGCGGAAGCGAAAAAAGUUUUUGACGAUGCCCAAAAAUGGCUCAAGAAAUUGAUCGAUGAAAAAGUUCUCACGGCCAAUGCGGUAGUUUCCUUCCUUCCCGCGGCUUCUGAAGGAGAUGAUAUCCAUGUAUACGAUCCAGAAAAUGGAAAUAAACUUGACACUUUCUUCGGACUCCGACAACAAUCAGGACGCGAACAUGAUCAAUCGCACUUCUGCUUGUCUGAUUUCAUCAAACCAUUGAAAAGUGGUGUCCCAGACGACUACCUCGGUCUAUUUGCAUGCACUGCUGGUCUUGGAGCAGAGGAAUACUGUAAAGUUCUCGAAGAGAAUCACGAUGAUUAUGCAUCGAUCAUGGUUAAAGCUCUUGCUGAUCGUCUCGCUGAAGCGUAUGCUGAAUAUCUUCAUAAAGAAGUUAGAACUAAUCUCUGGGGUUACUCUACAAAUGAACAACUUACUGAAACGGAUCUUCUAUCUAUCAAAUAUGAAGGAAUUCGUCCAGCAUGUGGAUAUCCUUCUCAACCGGAUCAUACAGAGAAACGAACGCUUUGGAAGUUACUAGAAGCCGAAAAGAAUGGAAUUAUUCUUACCGAGCAUUUGGCAAUGCUUCCAGCUGCUUCGGUAUCAGGACUCUAUUUUGCCAAUCCACAGAGUCAGUAUUUCGCUGUUGGAAAAAUUGAUGAAGAUCAGGUGAUUGACUACGCUACAAGAAAGAAUGUGCCGAAAGAAGAAAUCGAACGUUGGCUCUCACCAAUCAUUGGUUAUGAAACAGAAUAA